AUGUGUCUAAAGCAAAAAGUAACGCCGGAACUGCUGAAUUAUAUACAAAAUUUUCGAUCGCCGUUUUUGAACGAUGUCACGAACUAUGAGAAAUUGCUGAAGAUCGGCCAAGGCACAUUUGGUGAGGUGUUCAAGGCCAAGUGUAAACGUACAGGACGCAUCGUCGCGCUCAAAAAAAUCAUGAUGGAAAAUGAGACCGAAGGGUUCCCAAUAACAGCACUUCGAGAAAUGAAGAUCUUACAGAAGCUGAAGCAUAAACAUGUCGUCGAGCUGAUUGAAAUUAGUGCCAGCAGAGCGACAGUGCACAAUCUUGGGCGCUGUACCUUCUACUUAGUAUUUGAGUUCUGUGACCACGAUCUCGCGGGUCUUCUAGCCAAUGCCAAUGUCCGCCUCUCGCUGGUGCACAUCAAGACAAUGAUGAAACAUCUACUCGAGGGCCUAUAUCAAAUACACUUUGCAAAAAUUCUGCAUCGUGAUAUGAAGGCGUCAAACGUGCUAAUCACGCGAGACGGCGUGUUGAAGUUGGCGGAUUUUGGCCUAGCGCGGCCACUGUUUUCAAACACGCCUGGCCAACCCGAGCAUUGCUACACAAAUCGUGUAGUAACACUGUGGUACCGUCCUCCUGAACUGCUUCUGGGUGAGCGAAAUUAUGGGCCGGCAAUUGAUAUAUGGGGCGCGGGCUGCAUUAUGGCCGAAUUAUGGACGCGCACUCCUAUUUUGCAGGGCUCCACUGAACAGAAGCAGCUAUCACUCAUCUCAAACUUAUGUGGGAGUAUUAAUCCUGAAACGUGGCGCGGUGUUGAGAAGCUGCCUUUGUACGGCAAAAUAGAGCUAAAGCAAAACCUGAGACGACGUGUCGUAGAGCGUCUUGAACCUUACGUCAAGGACCGUGAUGCACUGAACCUGGUUGAUAGCCUUCUGGCUUUGAAUCCGAAGACACGCCUCAGCGCCGAACAGGCCCUUGACCAUGCAUUCUUUUUCACAGAACCCCGUCCUGCUCCUGAUGUCAAGGACCUGAUGAGUACGAUUCCGGCAAGUUUAUUUGAGUACAAUGUCGGACGAGAUAAUCAGCGCGGACGAGAAGUACAACAUCAGGAGAACCAGUCUUCGAUGGGGCCCCAAUGCCAAUACUUUGACAGAAUUUUUUGA